AAUGGUGAAGUCCACAGCAAUUAUAUUCAUCCUGACCUUCUCAAUAUUAAUGAAGCUAGAGAAAUGUAGAUUUUCCCUGGUGUUUGUGGUGCUUUUUAUCUCGGUAGGGCUGGUGCUAUUUACAUUCCAUUCCACGCAGUUUAACUGGACAGGAUUUUUACUGGUGCUGACAGCAGCCUUCACAAGUGGCUUCCGGUGGACGCUGUCACAGGUGGUCACACAGAAAAGUGAAAUAGGUUUAAGUAAUCCUCUAGAUAUGAUGUAUCACAUACAGCCAUGGAUGAUCAUAGGUCUGCUGCCUUUGUCUUCUUAUGUGGAAGGUGUUCCACUAGCCAGUUCCCAUCAUCUGUUCAGAUUUCAUGAAAUCAGCGAGAUUUUUACAUCAGCUGGUAUAGUAAUAGGAGGGGCUUUCCUGGCCUUCAUGUUGGAGUUUAGUGAAUUUUUACUUUUAUCCAGAACCUCAGGGUUAACUCUUUCCAUAUCAGGAAUAUUUAAAGAAAUUUGUACAAUAGUCCUUGCGCACAUCACAUUUGGUGACAAGAUGAAUCCCAUCAAUUUCCUGGGACUUGUGAUAUGUCUGUUUGGAAUAGCGUUACAUGUGAUAUUAAAAGCUGUUCAUAGAAAAGAAGAUGAAAAAGAAUUACACAAUAAUUCUGAGUCUAUGGAGAUGCUGCUAGUAAAUGGAGAGGCAAACUCCACAGAUGAGGAAGAAGCGGAGUUAUUUGACCGCAAUGCUGUGAGACCACCCAGAGUUCACAAACAUAGUGAAUGAAAAGGCAUUGUACUGGGCAUUUCCAAUCAAGUGCAAAUGUAGUAUAAAAUGAAGAUGUAAAAAAGAAAAACUCAUCCGUCUUGAAACCCUGGGGCUAAGGAACAGUGCCAAAAACAACUUUCUUUUUUGCUUUUUUUCACAUUAAAUGUUUUAUGUUGUUAUGCAUUUCAGCAAUAACUGACAAUUAAAAAAAGCAUCUAGAUCUUUAAGUCCACAAAUAUAUGAUAAUACUCUGUUUUAUUCAUUUUAUUUCUGUUUUGCUCUGAAAAGCAGUCUGUAAAAAUGAUGUGAAUGAUGUGGAUGAAGGAAGCCACAUUUAUUUAUUAGGUCCACCGUUAAAAAAAAGAAAAAUAAAACAGUAUCACGUACAGUUUUUUUUAGAAGACGUUUUAUGGAGAAUUUUUUCUGUUCUUUUAAUGAAGUGUCACACUGUCACAUCUAUCACAUUGUCACACCUUACACUGUCAACCCUAAUACAUUGUCAUAUCUGACGCAGUCACACCUAACACAUUAUCACAUCUAAAACAUUGUCACACCUAACACAUUGUAACACCUAACACAUUGUCACGUGUGACACACUGUCAUAGCUAACAAACUUCACAGUAGAACUUCAUCCAGUCUGCACCUGAAACUUUCCUGUUCAAAUCAGUAUGAACUUCUAGUCUCAAGAUUGAAAGAAAAUGGGAAAAUAAUCACAAGGUGAAUCAGACUUGUCUAGUAACUUUGGAAAGUCCUAUUUGUUUUUCUAUAGAAUAUGGCAUCAUAUCUACAAAUUGGUUGCCUUGGUGCUUUUUGUCAUUUACAAAUCCCCCAUUGGGUGCUCAAAGGUUUGUACAUUUGUUGACAUAUUUCAGCAAACAUUACCUUGAAUUAUAUGAUGAAGUUCAUCAUAUCUUGUACCGUUUUUAUAUUUGAAGUCUUCCAUAUUUUCUACACUUCUUAAGUUUGUAUUUAGAAAAUAGGUGUUAAGCUUCUUACAGUAUUAGGUUUAUUGUUGACAGCAAAUACUUUUCAUUAUCCAAAUAUGGAUAUAAUAAUUACAAAAUAAUAGUAAGCCUAAUAAUAUAUAUGACACAAAGUAUUAUUUAAGCAAUAUAUUUACAAAAACAGUUAUUUGUCAAUUUGUGUAUAUAUAUAUUUAAGAAAACAUGAAUUAAUAGUCUUGUCAUGAUUUUAUGGUGUAAUCCUGGACAAUGCAUUUUAAAAAAAUAUUUACCAGUAGGAACUGCUAAGUUUGUGAACUAAAAUUUGUUGCUGAAGAUCUGCAGAAUUGAUAAACGUCAAACCUGUAACAUGGAGCUAUUUUAUUGGAGACUCAGUAAUGAGAGCCCUACACUAUGGGACCAUUCCCACAGAUAUUUGGAUCGCUCUAUCUCCCUGCUGAGUCUCACCAAAUUCCUGUCAACUUAACCGGCUUAAAUGUCUGUCAUGCCUAGUAAAGCUGUAAGGGGG